UUUGAUAUUGGUUUCAUCCACUACCCUUUGACCUUUAGCUUAUAUAACAAAUUUACGUGCAUGCAUGGAUGUAUCGGUACAUUUCCCGGCCGAGCAACUUAGCAGUAGUCUUUACUUUCUGCACAAUAACUCGAAGACGGAUCUGUGCUCUCCAGACGUCUUUGUCAUCAGUGCCAAAGUUAACUAUACAGUCAUCAGUACAGCAGAAAAGCAUCAGUACUACUAACGUUAGUAUGUCUCCUGAGGACUGGGACACACGGUGGACAGAAGGGCGGAUUGGCUUCCAUAAGACUGAAAUCAACCCGUACCUUAAGAAAUAUGAGGCAGAAAUGACACGCAAAAGACAGAAGGUCAAGGUAUUGGUUCCUCUGUGUGGGAAGUCAGUGGACAUGAAAUGGCUGGCUGACCAGGGACAUACAGUGGUUGGAGUAGAGUGUUCCUCACAGGCAGUGGAGGCGUUCUUCCAAGAGAGCAACCUCACCCCGACCAUCAGUGAUGUACCCAACCUGAACUCAGGAAAGCUCUUCCAGAGCCAAGAUGGAAGAAUUUCUCUCUAUGUUUGGACUUUUAUGAUUUUUCAAGAGAUGUGGAAGGUGACUUUGAUGCAGUGUGGGACAGAGGCUCCUUCGUAGCCAUCAACUCAACAGACAGGACAAGGUAUGCAGACUUGAUCCUGUCUCUUAUGAAGCUGAGUGGGUGCUACCUUCUCAACACACUGGAGUAUGACCAAAGCAAACAUGCUCCUCCUCCUCACAGCAUCCCACCAUCUAGUGUGCAAGAUAUCUAUGGUGGUAACUUUGAUGUGCGCCACCUAGAGACCGCUGAUGGUUUGACAGAGAGACACAAGAAAGGCUGGGGACUGAGUUCCCUUCAUGAACACUAUUACCUCAUCACACCAAAACUACCUGAAGGAAAAGUUGUGAACAAAUAUGGGGAGGUGGAGAAGCUGGCAUUGACUCCUGAGGACUGGCAGGUUCGAUGGGGCAAAGGUCACACAGGGUUCCACAAGUCUGCCGUCAAUAGUUCUCUGCAGAAGUACGUAGGAGAACUGACAGGAGGGAGGUCAGAGGUCAGGGUUCUGGUGCCCCUGUGUGGGAAGUCUUUGGACAUGAUAUGGCUUGUUAACCAGGGGCACACAGUUGUUGGUGUAGAGUUUGCCGAACAGCCCGUCAAAGAGCUCUUCCAGGAGAAUGACAUGACUCCCAUCGUUAGUGAUGUCCCAGGGCUGCCUAAUGGAAAGCUCUACCAGGGUGGAAAGCUGUCAGUGUACUGCUGUGACUUCUUCCAUUUUACAAGAUAUGCUGCCUCAAUCACGUCUUUCCUGAAGCCCGAUGGCCACUACUUAUUGGAGACUGUGGAGUAUGACCAAAAUAAGAUGAACGGACCUCCAUACAGUACUUCUGCACAAGUGGUAGAACAGUUGUAUG